GUAAGUGGGAACAGGGCAAAAUGCAAGAGAUUCCGGCUGGGAUUUGCUGGAUGUUGCAGUGAAACGCCAACAGCCUCUGCUGUCACAGCAAUUGUGCCAGGCGGUCACGCAGGACUCGCCCCCGCUACUGUUCUCGGCUCUGCCGUGCCUGCUGAUCACUCCCAGGCACCAUGUCGCUCUCUGCCUACAAGAAGAAGAUGAAGGAACUCCCUCUCUUCAACAUGCUCUGUUCCUGUUUCAACCCUGAGCCACGCAGUAGAACUCUCUACAAAUUUGACGACCCAGCUGACCAGAACUGGUGCUUUAUCUCUGACAUGGAGGUGAAGGAGUUGAACAAGCGGGCAUCUGGCCUCUCCUUUGAGGUCAUACUGAAGCCGCCAUCCUUUGAAGGGGUCCCAGAAUUCCACACAGCACUCCCAAAAAAGCGGGAUCCAUCCCUGGAGGAGAUCCAGAAAAAACUGGAGGCAGCUGAAGAAAGGAGGAAGUGUCAGGAGGCUGAGUUACUGAAACAUCUGGCUGGGAAGAGGGAGCACGAGAGGGAGGUGAUCCAGAAAGCCAUUGAGGAAAACAACAACUUCAUCAGGAUGGCCAAGGAGAAACUGGAGCAGAAGAACGAGAUCCAGAAGGAGAACAGAGAGGCUCACCUGGCAGCCAUGCUGGAGCGUCUCCAGGAGAAGGACAGGCGUGCAGAGGAGGUCCGAAAAAAUAAAAGUCUUAGAGCCAACGCAGAACGAUAGAGGAACCUGGAUUUGGGGCGACUCCACUCCAAGCUUCUCAUUGAGGGUUUAUUUGUAAAUAUUUAUUCAGAACAAUAUAGGCAGCCAGUUAGAGAGAGAAAUAACAGUGACUCUCAGCUGGGCAUGUGCAAACAAACGUAAAGUCAACCUCUCAUGCAGUUCAGUCUGCUGCUUGGUCUUGGCCCAGUUUGAUCCAGUUCUGGCCUGGCCUGGUCCAGUAUUGGUCCAGUUUGGUCCAGUAUUGACCUAGUUUGGCCCAGUCUAUCCUGUUUUGUCCCCCUCUGGUCUGGCGUGCUCUUGGCACAGUCUGAUCUCUGAUUUGUGAUCAACACUGCAGCAAGGAUUAAAACAUUUUUUUUUAGUUCAUUCCUGCAACAAGUUUCCAUCCUACAGGAGGUAACCCGAGCUACGGAAAGCACAAACCUGCCCCACCUUCCCAGCUGUGCUGCCAGAGCUACGGCCCAUGUGUGAAUCAGCUCUUCCCCCAUCGGCACCCUCACUUUGUACCCAUGUCGCUCUCUCCAACCUGUGGUAAUAGUUCAGAGCUGACCUCAGUCUCUCGCUCUCCCUCACAGACCAACUCAGUGCUCCCCACUCUGCACCGCUGCCGGUCCCAGGAGCUCCCUUCCCGAGCUCAUCCCACCCACCCUUCCCAAAGCCGCAGGGGCUGGGAACCUGAAACUGAACCCUGGAGUGUUGGCUCUGCUCCUCUCUCUGCAGACGCUGCCUGGCCCGCUGAGUGUUUGCACCUGUCACUGGGGAAACACACCAAACUGCAGGUGCUGAGGUGUGACACAGAAAAUGUUGGAAGUACUCAGCUGGUCGAGCAGCACCUGUGGAGAGAGAAACCGGUCGACAAUCGGGGUCUGGGACCCUCCCUCAGAGGUAGGGGAAGGGUGUGGGUCUUCAGAGCCGAGCUGGGGGAGGCCGGAGAUUGGUUAGGACAGAGCAGGUGAUAAGGCAUCAGUGCCGACCUUCCCCAUUAUCGUGGUCGUGUCCCUCGCUAACAGUCAGUGCUGAUCCUUAUCACCUGGUCUGUCUGAUCCACUCUCUAUGUGGUCUGUUGUCUCACACCUCGCUCCCCCCACCGGCUCUGCUCUGACACCCUGCACUCACCCCCGCGCCCCCCCCCCCCCGCCGUUCUGAGGAAGGGUCUCUGACCCCAAACGUUAACUCUUUCUCCUUCUGAGUUCUUGCAGCAUUUGUUUUUGUUUCAGUGUUUCCAGCUGUGUUUUGCUUUUAGUAAGACUGGGGGAGUUUGUCCACACACACACACACACAGAGGCACAGGCGCACACACAGCACACAGGCACACACCACACACACACACAGAUACACUUACACACACACCAAUUCAAUUUCACAUACUGAGACAGACAUUCAAAGGGGGGACGGUCCUGUGGUGACUAAGUUACUGGUGCUAAUGGAAAGUGCCUAAGAGAAUAAGAGACCUUUAUUAGUCACAUGUACAUCGAAACACACAGUGAAAUGCAACUUUUGCGUAGAGUGUUCGGGGGGCAGCCCGCAAGUGUCGCCACGCUUCCGGCACCAACAUAGCACGCCCACAACGUCCUAACCCGUAUGUCUUUGGAAUGUGGGAGGAAACCAGAGCACCCGGAGGAAACCCACACAGACACGGGGAGAACGUACAAACUCCUUACAGACAGCGGCCGGAAUUGAACCCAGGUCGCUGGCGCUGUAAUAGCAUUACGCUAACCACUACACUACCGUGCCCCUCUAUUGGGCUUUCUGGGUACAACAAGACAUAAAUUUUUCCUCACAAGUUCCCAGAUCGGCACUCACUGGUACAAUAGAACUUUUAUGUUUUCUUAUGGAUAGUUAAUGUUUCAUUUGCAUGGUUUUGCCUUGGUGAUGUGUGGUGUUUGGUACAGGUUUCAGUAUUUUAUGAUGUCUUAAGGUAUUCCCCCAGAUCUACACCCUAUACAGCCACAUCCCUACACCCCACUGAUACAACUACACACAAGCACAAAACCACACAUACACACAAAAAAACGCACACACACCCUGAAGCACACACAUACAGCCAAUACAACCAGACACUAAGACACACACCACAUAGUACACAUCGUGUGGAGGAGUGCAGCACUGGUAUAGACACCCCUCGUCUCACUUCUGCCCCACCAGUGACUGUUCACUGCUCAGUUCAGGAAAAACUAGGGAUGGACAAUAACCAUCCACAUUGCCUGUGACAUUUAUGUCUGCAAACAAAUUUUUAAAAACUACCCAAAUCGCACCUCAACAAUGCUCACAUAUGUGCCUCCCACAAAGUGUACACAGAACACACUCACAUUUAACACCACUCAAGAGAUGUGUUUCAACAGUGUGACCCUCCCUCAGUCCCGCCCCACCCAGUGUGACCCUCCCUCAGUCCCGCUCCUUUGACAUCCAGCAGUGGUUAGAGAGGCUUUACAAACAAGCAAUCGGUGUGUUAGUGUAGGUGCUGAAUCUCUCUCCAUCUCAUGCCUGUGCAAAACCGUUGUUUCAUCUCAAUAAAGUAUUGUCUGGUGACCUGA